CUCUUUUGACAAGAUCUAACUUCUAUACCUCCUUCUACCAAUCCCAACCUCCAAGAUGCAUAUUCGCGGAUCAUCCCUUUACUUCACGGUCGUUGGCCUGACCUCCACGACCGCUGUCCUCGCAGCUGUCCAGCCCUACGGACAGUGCGGUGGCCAGGGCUACACAGGCGAGACAGCUUGUGCAGACGGCUGGGGCUGCAAGCAGUGGAACGACUACUACUCGCAGUGCAUUGAGGGUGCCAGCGAUUCCGCACCUUCUUCUGCCGCUUCCUCUGCUGCACCCCUCCCCACCAACAACGCAACCACCGCACCCCUUCAGACCUCUGCUGCUCCAACCACUACCAGCGCUGCUGCCAUUCCUACAUCCGCUGCUCCUGCUCCAUCUGUCAAUGCUACGACACCCGUUGCUGUUCCCACUACCUUUGAGACCCUCAUCGCAUCCUCGAGCCUUGUCGCAAUUCCUGAGGAUGUUUCCACCUCCAGUACCGUCGUUGUCGUAUCGACUAGCGUUGCCGCCCCAAGCGCCACCUCUAGCGCUGGAGCUGGUAACAGCACUGGUACUUUCGCCAACGGCGAGGACUGCUCCAUUGACGCAGUCUUCAAGGCCAAGGGCAAGAAGUACAUUGGUGUAGCGACAGACAAGGGACGCCUUACUACUGGUGACAAUGCCGCGAUCAUCAAGGCAGACUUCGGUCAGGUCACUCCUGAGAACAGCAUGAAGUGGGAUGCCACCGAGAACGUCGAGGGCACAUUCACACUCACCGGAGCAGACUACCUCGUCGACUGGGCCACCACAAACGACAAGCUCAUCCGCGGCCACACCACAGUCUGGCACAGCCAACUCCCCACCUGGGUGUCUUCCAUCACCGACAAGACCAAGCUUGAGGACGUGAUGAAAGCGCACAUCACCAAGCUCGUCGGCAGCUACAAGGGCAAAGUCUACGCCUGGGACAUCGUCAACGAAAUCUUCGGCGAAGACGGCACAUUCCGCAGCUCAGUAUUCUACAACGUGCUAGGCGAAGGCUUCGUAAAAACCGCCUUCGAAACCGCCCGUGCCGCCGAUCCCGCCGCAAAACUCUACAUCAACGACUACAACCUCGACUCCGCCUCGUACGCCAAGACAAAAGCCAUGGUCAGCAAAGUCACCGAAUGGGUCGCAGCCGGCGUUCCCAUCGACGGCAUCGGCUCGCAAUCGCACCUGGCGAACAACUGGCCGAUCGCUGACUACCCCGGCGCACUCAAAGCACUCUGCGCAGUCGUCGACGAGUGUGCGAUUACGGAGCUGGAUAUCAAGGGUGCGGCGGCGAGUGACUACGAGACCGCUGUAGGCGCAUGCGCAGACAUCGAUAACUGCGUCGGUGUUACAGUCUGGGGCGUCCGCGACCCGGACAGCUGGAGGCCGACGAGCACACCCCUACUGUUCGACGACAGCUACCAGGCUAAGGAGGCCUACAACGGAUUGUGCACGGCCCUUGCUUAG